UCUUCGUAUUCUGGCCCCGCCCCACCCCUCCCCGCUCCGGCAUCCAUUUUUCUUUCUUCUUCCCUUUCUUUUCCUUCUUCUUCAAUACCUGCUGCCAGACCAGACCUGGUUGGCUCCCGUCGACCCAUUUCGAUUCGGAAAUUCCUUUCUUACGGUCAUCUAUUUUUCUUCUCCAGUGUUCGACGUCUCCGCUGUCGUCGUGCUCGUAGUCUUUUCGUUUCCUUCUACUACAACUACAGUUUCUUCGGAGGCUAUAGUACGUUGAUAUGCUCUUCUCAAUCACUUCCCAAAUCCGCCGGUUUCCUUUGCAACGCCACCUUCUUCUUUCACACCUCCAGGGUUGCCUUUGUUAUCACACUUCACACCAGAAGGGUGCCACACUGUUGUCGACUCAAAAUCACCGCAGUCCCAAGGUUUCCACCGCCACAUCUAUAAUAGGUUCCAAUCAAUUCGAUUGUAAGAAAAAUACGAUUCUCGAAACCCUUGAUUGUUACGCCAAUGACUGGAAGCUUGCAUUGGAGUUCUUUAACUGGGUUGAGACCCAGCCUGGAUUUCAGCACAGCACCCAGACAUUGAACCGUGUGGUGGACAUUCUCAGUAAGUUUUUUGAGUUCGACCUCGCCUGGAGUCUAAUAGAAAGAAUGAGAAAGAAUCCGUCUACUUUGCCUGAUCAUACAACAUUUCGGGUAUUAUUCAAGCGAUAUAUCUCGGCUCACCUGGUUAAUGAAGCGAUCGAUGUUUUUGUCAAGUUGGAUGAGUUUAAUUUGAGGGAUGAAACUUCAUUCUCGAAUUUGAUUGAUGCCCUGUGCGAGUACAAACAUGUGAUUGAAGCUGAAGAGAUCUGUUUAGGGAAAUAUAGGGUUGGAGAGUAUGAUCUGAAAUUGUUUGAAUUUGAUGUGCAAAGUACGAAAGUGUAUAAUAUGAUUCUACGUGGUUGGUUUAAACUGACUUGGUGGAGCAAGUGUAGGGAGGUUUGGGGGGAGAUGGACAAGAGAGGUGUGGAGAAAGAUUUGUAUUCGUACUCUAUAUAUAUGGAUAUUCAACGCAAGAGCGGGAAGCCAUGGAAGGCGGUGAAGCUGUACAAGGAAAUGAAAAAGAAGGGUAUUCGAUUGGAUGUGGUGGCAUACAACACAGUUAUCCACGCAAUUGGUAUUUCUGAGGGUGUUGAUGCAACAAGGAGGAUUUACAAUGAGAUGAUUGAGUUGGGCUGCAAGCCAAAUGUGGUAACUUACAAUACAAGUCUGAAGCUGUUGUGUGAGAAUGGAAGAUAUAGAGAAGCACGCGAAAUGCUUAAUUCGAUGACUAAAGCAGGUUGUGAGCCCAAUGUAGUGACCUAUCAUUGCUUCUUCAUAUGCCUAGAAAAGCCUCGGGAGAUACUAAAGUUGCUUGGUAGGAUGCAAGAAAGUGGUGUUCGACCGAGGGUGGAUACAUAUGUCAUAAUUAUGAGGAAGUUUGGGAGAUGGGGGUUCCUUAGGCCAGUUCUUCAUUUCUGGAAAAAGAUGACUGACCAUGGGCUCAGUCCAGAUGUAUGUGCUUAUAAUGCCUUGAUUGAUGCUUUGCUGCAGAAGGGCUUGGUUGAUAUGGCACGCAAAUAUGAGGAAGAAAUGUUAUCGAAAGGUCUUUCAGCUAAGCGGAGAGCAGAGUUGCAGUUGAAUAUUGAUGGGGAGUGAUCUGGGAAUGGAUACUGCCUUGCAUGAAGUUAAAUUUUCUUAUCUUGUUGCAUCUCAAUAGAGGAAAUGGUGAAGACGUUUUAAGAACUAAGACAUGCCAGAAUGCCAUUUACAAGAGUUCUUUCCUUUCCAAGGAUAUGGUUCUUGAUGUGUGGUCAGAACAGGAAUCCUUUCACUGGUUUGUGCCAAACUUGGAGCCAAACAUGAGUACUGGCUAAUGUGCAAUAUUUGGUGCUAUGCGUGUACAUGCUAAAAGUUUGAAAUAAUGUAUGGAUUUGAUAUGAGCUGCAUUCGGAAGCAUGCCAUAAUGGAGCCUCUUGUUGACACUCUAGUGAAGAACCCGAUUGUUAUUGCCAAUUACUCAAGACAAUGGACAUCUCUAAGAUGGAACAUGGGGAUGCUUCCUUCACUGCACCUUUCAAGCUUGUGGCAGAACGCUCUGAUUAUUUUCGUGCACUAGUUGCUUAUUUUGGAUGCUUCAUUUACCAAGUGGCUUAAAAUUGAUUGGCUUCUCAACAGGACCCCGCCACUCACUGGAAACAAUCUGUACUUAGAAGACGUGCCUAGUGUUUGAGAAGGGAGGCAUUUACAGGGACCUUAUAUGUGGCCACCUAACAAGAACAAUCCACUUGAUUUGGAUAUAACUCUAAAAUACACUACAUGGGAAACAUUGCCAGGCCUCACGAACUCAGUUUUAUGGAAUGCCCUGAUCUCGAUAUCCUUUGGUUAUAUGGUGCGGUAUUCAUGCUCGGAAAGUUCAGAGAGCUGGUUUCCUGAUUAUUGCAUAUGGCCUCCUUCCGCUCUAUAAUUACCAUCGAAUUUCUUCAAUCUCACUCACAUUUCCCGGCCAGCUACUGCUGCCCCCUUCGAUCAGCUCUUGGCUUCCUGGUAAAUGCAAUAGCUAGCAUAUAUUUGGGUUGUUGGAUCAGUUUUUUUGUUCGAUGCUAUUAUGAUAAGACGGAAAACAUUUAAUUGUAACUUUACUGCCUAUGUCAUUAAACUAUAUCUAUAUUUAGUGCAACUUGGUUGCUCUGUGUUAAUGUCUUGUCGGCCAAACUGCUGCUCUUUUCGUUUCAUUAACAGCCGAAAGAUCAGAAAUUUGAAUA